UUCAUAUAUAAGGAGUAAAACAGAGUGACAAUGGCGGACUCUAAACCCAAAAAAGUAAGCUCUUCCUGAUUGUAUGCGCAUUCAAAUUAUUUUCAAUAACUAGUGGGGUAAAAGGGGGAAUUUCGAUUGCACCAGCUGAAGUUUCGACAAAAUGGCGGAUUCGCCGAAUGCGCCGUCGAGUUUUUGGACUCAGGCCAAUGCGUUGCUGAGGAAGAAUUUGACUUUUCAGAAACGAAAUAUGAAAACAAACAUUCGACUAGUUCUAUCCCCAUUAUUCCUCUGUUUGUUGCUUGUUCUCAUCCAAAAGUUGGUGGACACUGAGUUAGACAAGCCCUCAAACAGGUGUGGCUGUACUUGUGUUGAUACUGAUGGGAAUGGUCAAUGUGAAAGAAGAUGUGGGAUAGAAUACUCGACUUUGGACCAAGGGGUCAGCUGUUCCAUUCCCCAUCCACCAGAAUGGCCUCCAUUAUUACAGAUACCAGAGGAACAGUUUCGUGCGGUGAGAACUGAUUUUACCUCAUAUCAAGACUUGCCUAAUGAUUCGUGCAAGAGAACAGGUUCCUGUCCUGCAACUAUCCUUAUUACAGGGAAUAACCAAACAUUAGGACAGAGUGUGGCUGGAAACAUGUUCCCAACACCAUUGAAUAUAAAUAUCUCUGAUAUACUGUACAGCAUAGCUGAUGAUGCCUUGGGUUCGGGAACAAGGACCGAGUUUACCAAUUUUCUCGAUCCAGCGUUUUUUUCGAACACUCCAAUUGAUUUUCUUCAACCUCAAUGUGCAUCAAACUCUCAAUUCUCUGUUCCUCUUCAAUUAGGUUCUUCUACAAUACAGCAAGAUGUACGUUGUGUUCAAAGCUUGCAUUUAUGGCGCAACAGUACUUCAGAGAUAAAUGAUGAGCUUUACAAGGGUUAUCGUAAAGGGAACCCGGAGCGACAGAUUAAUGAGAUUGUAGCAGCCUAUGAUUUUGUUAAUUCAAAUGAGAAUCUAUUCAAUGUUACUAUAUGGUACAAUUCUACAUACAAGAAUGACACAGGCAAUCAGCCUCUUGCUUUGACACGGGUGCCUCGUUCAGUAAAUUUGGCAUCAAAUGCAUAUCUCCAAUUUCUAUUAGGACCAGCUACAAAAUUGCUUUUUGAGUUUGUGAAAGAAAUGCCGAAACCUGAAACAAAACUCAGGCUGGAUUUCUCCUCUCUCCUUGGAACACUCUUCUUUACUUGGGUUAUUGUUCAACUGUUCCCUGUUAUACUGACAUCAUUGGUUUACGAGAAACAAUUCAAACUGAGAAUUAUGAUGAAGAUGCAUGGGCUUGGUGAUGGACCUUACUGGAUGAUAUCUUAUGCAUAUUUUCUUGCAAUAUCUUUAAUCUACAUGAUAUGCUUUGUGGUAUUUGGAUCAGUCAUAGGUUUAAAAUUCUUCACACUAAAUGAUUACAGCAUCCAGUUUGUAUUUUAUUUCCUCUACAUAAACUUGCAAGUGUCUCUAGCUUUUCUUGUGGCUGAUUUAUUCUCAAACAUGAAGACUGCUACAGUUGUGGGGUAUAUGAUGGUAUUUGGAACUGGGCUCUUGGGUGGCUUCCUCUUCCAGUUCUUUCUUGAAGAUUCUUCAUUUCCAAAAGCUGGAAUAAUUGCUAUGGAACUAUAUCCAGGGUUCGCCCUUUAUCGUGGAUUAUAUGAGUUUGCGCAAUAUUCCUUUUCUGGGAAUUACUUGGGAACUGAUGGGAUGCGAUGGAAAGAUUUAAGUGAUAGUAAAAAUGGAAUGAGAGAUGUCAUGAUUAUCAUUGCAUUGGAAUGGUUAAUUGUUCUUGGUGUUGCAUAUUAUGUAGAUCAAGUUGUGUCCUCUGGAAGAGGUCCCCUGUUUUUCUUGCGGAGGCACCAAAAGAACCUCUCAUCACCAUCCUUCCGGAAACCUAGCUUGCGAAGGCAAGGAUCUAAAGUUUUUGUUCAGAUUGAGAAACAGGAUGUUGAGCAAGAGAGGGAGAGGGUUGAACAAUUACUACUUGAAUCAAGUACAAAUAAUCCAAUCAUCUGCCAGAAUCUCAAAAAGAUAUAUCCAGGCAGGGAUGGAAACCCAGAGAAAUUUGCAGUGAGAGACCUCUCACUUGGUUUGUCACAGGGGGAAUGCUUUGGCAUGCUUGGUCCUAAUGGUGCAGGCAAAACUUCAUUCAUUAAUAUGAUGAUUGGGCUCAUAAAGCCAACCUCUGGAAGUGCAUACAUUCAGGGACUAGAUAUACGGACCGAUAUGAACAGAAUAUACACUAGCAUGGGUGUGUGUCCCCAACACGACUUACUAUGGGGAACUCUAACGGGAAGAGAGCAUCUACUUUUCUACGGAAGGCUUAAAAAUCUCAAAGGGAAUUCCUUGUUGCAUGCAGUGGAAGAGUCUCUAAAGAGCGUGAACUUAUUUCAUGGUGGGGUGGCAGACAAACAAGCACACAAAUACAGUGGAGGCAUGAAGAGGAGGCUAAGCGUGGCCAUUUCACUCAUCGGAGAUCCAAAAGUAGUGUACAUGGAUGAACCAAGUACUGGACUUGAUCCUGCUUCACGAAACAUGUUGUGGAACGUAGUCAAACGGGCCAAACAAAACAGAGCUAUAAUUCUCACCACACAUUCUAUGGAAGAGGCAGAGCAUUUAUGUGAUCGUCUUGGAAUUUUCGUGGAUGGAAGCCUGCAGUGCGUAGGAAACCCUAAAGAGCUCAAGGGUAGAUAUGGUGGAUCAUAUGUGUUCACAAUGACAACAUCCCCCGAUCAUGAGCAGGAAGUCGAGAACCUAGUACGAAACCUCUCCCCGAAUGCUAGCAAGAUAUACCAGAUAUCAGGGACACAGAAGUUUGAGCUGCCAAAGCAAGAAAUAAGAAUAGCAGAUGUGUUUGAGGCAGUGGAGAAGGCGAAGAGUAGGUUCGUAGUUCAAGCAUGGGGCCUCGCGGAUACAACCUUAGAGGAUGUCUUUAUCAAGGUUGCAAGAGGGGCUCAAACAUUCAACACUCUCUCAUAAUAAUAGCAUGUGUUUGUCGAUUGCUGCUUCAACAGGUGCUUCUGUGUAAAUUUUUGGUUUUUUAGGCAUACUAAUGUAUACUCUUCGUCAUGUAAAUAGUUUGUAUUCAGGUUUAGGCACGAAAGUAAUUUCGUUGCAAAUGUUUUAUACAAACUAAACAAGAUCCAGCCCUUUUAAUUUGAUAUGUUUCGUUUGUUAUGUAAAAAAAUUAUCCCACAAAAAAGUAUGUAAGAAAAUUGUCCAAAACUUCCAAAUUUCUCCCACAUACGAUCUUUUUUUCCCUUCAA